UGUGCAUGGUUUGCUAAAUCAGCAGAAACAUGACAGUGGUGCACUAUAUAAAGAGUUCAGGUUUCUCUGCCUUGUAUUUGAUGCGCAAUUGAAACUGGACCAUGAAGAAUCUUGCAUCAUACGUUUUAUUCCUUCUCUGCUGCGGUUUGGUGUGGUCUGAGCUGAAAACAGUGAGAAAAUUCUUAAGGGAGAAGGUCAUCACUUUCCCAAAGCAAACCACUGAAGACUAUGUACAGCUCCAUUCAAACGAAACCAUGGAUUUCUCUAAAAUUACUGUGUGUCUGCGAUUUUACACUGAUGAAGUGACUAAAACCAUUAUUCCAUUUUCUUUGUCCACACCUACCCACUUGGCUGAUUUUACUUUAACAUGGUCACCACAUACAAAACAGUACUUUCUGACUGUUCAUAAAGGCAAAGCAGCAUUUAAUGGUCUACCAUUUCAUCUGAACCAAUGGAACUCAGUUUGUGCAACCUGGGAUGCCGGCAGUGGUCUUGCACAGAUGUUUGUCAAUGAAGUACCCAGUGUUAAAAAGGCAAUAGGCCCUAAAGCUUUUAAAGGAGAGGCCAAAAUAAUACUUGGUCAGUAUCAGACCGGACCCUCUAGCUUCAGUCCAGAUUACGUGUUCACAGGUUUCAUAUCAGAUGUGCACGUCUAUAAGGAUGUGUUAACCCCACGUCUUAUUAAGAACUACAUGGAGGCACAGAUCAAAUAUAAACUGGGUGAUUUUAUAAACUGGCACAAUCUUAAACACACUCUUGUCGGGUCUGUGCAAGUGGAAGAGAGAAAUCACGUAACAUUUUAUACUAAGCAAGAUGUGAAUUAAGGUAACACUGUAUUGCAUUGUAGCCUACUACCAUCUAUGUGCAAAUUGUUGUGAACGAACUCUGUACUGUGAUUUUAGGCUGAUCAAAUAAAUAAAUGACAUUGAACAGUGA